CAGAUCUUUUUCUUGCCUCUUAUAAACCCACCUCCCCUUCCCCUCCCCACCUCAGUAUCUCCACACAAGCGAAACAAGCCCCCACCCUUUUCAGCUUCUGAUUCUGUUCCACCGUCUUCAAAGCAAAACCACUAUUGGGAUUCUCUCUCCUCCUGUUCAAAGCCGCUCGAUCCCGCUCUCGCCCAACAGUCGCUCUCUCAGUCUAUUAGAUUUGGUUUCGAUCGGAAAAUAUCUACUAAUAGACUUGGGAUGAGCUACUCAAAAAUUGAUUGCUUUUUGUGUUCUGCUCUGUUUGAAGACGUUAGCGAUUGAAAUUGAACUCAGAUUCUGAAAAUUUCGGUCUUGCGUUUUUACUUUCGGACUAAAUUUCAAAAAAAUUUACUGCUUUUCUCGAUAGGGUGUUCAAGAAAUUUGUUCUUUGAUCUUGCUUCUAUUGAUUUGGGUGAUUCAUCUCCCAUUUUUCUCAACCCGGAUUCAAAACAUUUGGCGCCGUCUUUUCAACUUUCGGACCAUAUUCUGAUCUGGGUUUUCAAAAUUUACAAGGUUUUUCCAAUUGGGUUCUCAACCAAUUUCAGUUUAGCCUUCUGUUCCUUUUCAUUUACUGACCCCUCUCAACCAAAUCCCUUGUUUAUUCACCUAUCAGGGUGACAAUUUUUCGUCCAUAAUCUCAACUCUGUAUCGAGAGAGCGGACAGCGAACUGUUUGAAUUCAGUUAUUGUAUCAAUGGCUUCGUCUAGAAACAGCGGCAAAUCGAAAAAGGCAAUUCAAGAAACAGAGAAGAUAGCUCAGAUGGAAUGGGAGAGGCAACAAUGGAAGCCGGGUUUUGAUGAAGCUUCUAACAAGUCAACCAGGCCUCUCAAGAAAGUCAGAAGCCCUGAACGCCAACACCCAUUUCAAACCUCCUCUUCUUCUUCAUCUCAACCACCUCUUCACUCCUCUGUCCCAUACACCACACCCCCAAAUAUCCCUUUCCCUUUUGCCUUGGAUGGGUUCCAGCAACCCACAAUGGAAAACCUUCACCAGUUCAGAACCAAUCCCAUUCCCCUGCCCCGCCCGCCGCUGCAACAUCAACAGCAUAUGAUUUCCUUCUCUCCUCAUCAGCAGCAGCAGCAGCAGCAGCAACAGGCAUUGACUUACCCGCCCUAUUUCUUUGCGGGUGAUACUGCGGCCGCGUUGCAACAGCAGCAGCUGCUCCAGUAUUGGAGCGACGCGCUGAAUCUGAGCCCGAGAGGAAGGAUGAUGAUGAUGAACAGGCUGGAACAGAGCAGCCGCGGCGGCUUGUUCAGGCCGCCGGUGGUGGGGCCGCCUAUUAGCCCCACCAAGCUCUACAGGGGAGUGAGGCAGAGGCAUUGGGGGAAAUGGGUGGCCGAGAUUCGCCUCCCUCGGAACCGGACGCGGCUCUGGCUCGGCACGUUUGACACUGCCGAGGACGCCGCUAUGGCGUACGACCGCGAGGCGUUUAAGUUGAGGGGAGAGAACGCUCGGCUCAACUUCCCCGAACUCUUCCUAAAUAAAGACAGACCAGAGUCAACAGAGCAGUCUAGCGUGGAAAUGCCGCCGCCACAGGCGCCCACAGAGGUGCCGACGCCUCGACAAGAAAACCCAGAUGAGGAUUCUGGGCUGGGGUCUAGUGAGGCCACUGGGAGUGAUGAGGUUCAGGCAGUGGGAGGGGUAUCGGAGACUUCUUCGGAAUUGGUUUGGGGGGAAAUGGCUGAGGCUUGGUUGAAUGCAAUUCCAGCUGGUUGGGGUCCAGGUAGUCCAGUUUGGGAUGAUUUGGACACUUCCAAUAAUCUUCUGUUUCCUUCCAAUCUUUCUUUUCCUAGUGUAAGUCAGCAGGAUUUCAGUGGUUUUGAUCCUCAGAUACAGCAAGAUACCACGGCCUCGGCAUCUUCUUCUUCUUCAUGCCCUAUGAAGCCCUUCUUGUGGAGGGAUCAGGACUGAAGAAUAGCGACAGCCCUCUCUCUCCCUCCCUCUCUCCCUCUUAGACAAUCUCCUAAGAUUUCAUCACUGGUUGCAGAUUUUCAGAAAACCAACCUGUGAUUUCAUUACUUCUCUCUCUUUCUUUCUUCAUCUCUUUCCUUGCUCACUUGCCUCUCACUGGUUGCAAAUUUUUUACAAAACAACCCGUGAUUCUUCUUUGGAGCAUUGUUACUUUCUUUUUCUAUUGAGAACUCUUAUCUCUCUUAAAUCUUCAACCUGCUCUCUCUCUCUCUCUCUCUCUCUCUCUCUCUCUCUCUCUCUCUCUCUCUUAAAUCUUCAACCUGCUCUCUCUCUCUCUCUCUCUCUCUCUCUCUCUCUCUCUCUCUCUCUCUCUCCAAUUUUUUUCAGAACAGUUCUAGAACGUCUCUCCCUUCCUCUCUCCACCCCAUCUGCUGCACAAAGGCUGCAUAUUUUCAGGCCUUUUUGCGGUGGCAGCUUCAUUUACAUGCAUUGCAGGGGCCAUGCUGAUUGGCCAGUAAUAGUAAUAGUAAGCUUAUCUUUAGGCAGUGUUUUUAAUGUCUGGAGAAAGUAUGUUUUUAGUUGUAUCCAUAGUUCAUAGUGUAAGGCAACCUCAGAAGGAGACAGUUUUGUGAUCUCCUCCGUUGACUCAUCCAUUACUAGCUCUGUUUUUUCCAGCUAAGGAUGGGGACAAUUUAUGGUUAUGUAAAUUUGAUAAAUUUAUCGUCCUAUUAUUGUAAUGGCGUGUUCCUUUUAGCAAUACAAUUGGUCAUUCCAAUCA